AUGUGUAAACGGUUCAAGCUCGGUUUUUUCACCCCCGAAAACACCACCCGCCGCUACCUCGCCGUAUUCUACGCGGUUCACGAAGAAACCGUCUUGUGGGUCGCCAACCGUGACAAUCCCCUCACCGACUCUUCCGGAACAUUCACCAUCGCCAGCGAUGGCAACCUUGUCCUAACCGAUGUCCGAAACCGAACCAUCUGGUCGACCAACGCCGCCACGUCAGCGUCCCCCGCCACCUCGACUGCCCAAAUCCUCGACUCUGGAAACCUCGUACUCCGCGAAAGCCCGGGCGGGAGAAUCGUAUGGGACUCGUUUUCUCACCCGUCCAACACGUUCGUCCCCACCAUGAAGCUGACCCACGAUACUAUCACGGGCCGCCGGGUCCGGAUAUCGUCGUGGAGAAGCCCGUCCGACCCUAGAGACGGGAACUUCUCGACGGGCCUCCAAGCUACUACUUCCGGGAUCUCGCAGAUUUUCACGUGGAAAAACGAGCGGCCGCACUACAGAACCGGGCCGUGGAACGGUAUCCUGCUCAUCGGUAUACAGGACAUGUACUCGCCUUACCUUGACGGUUUCCAAGUCGGGAACGACUCGGGGAACGUGUUCUUCAUGGCCCCUCCGAAAAGGUUCUUGAUGAAAAUCGAGCUGAACACGAGCGGCACGCUAGUGAAGUCGUUGUGGGACGAGCAGACGAGGAGUUGGGAUGCAAUGUGGGUGGCCCCACGACAGGUGUGCGACGUGUACGGGAUGUGCGGGCCCUUCGGGCUUUGCAACCCUUUGCGCCAGCCCGUGUGUUAUUGCCUGCCGGGCUUCGAGCCUGUCGAUAGGGACGAGUGGGGCAGAGGGAAUUGGACGGGCGGAUGCGCGAGGAGGACAGGGCUCGAGUGUGCGGAUGAUGGGUUCUUGAGGCUGCCGUUUGUGAAGGUGCCUGAUUUUGCAGAGAGGUUCGCGGGCCGGGCCGUGGAGGACUGCAGGGUUAGGUGUUUGAGGAGCUGUUGGUGUUUGGGUUACUCACACGACGUGAAUAUCGGGUGCAUGCUUUGGAGGGAGACGUUGGUCGACAUGCAGCAGUUUAAUGGGGUUGGUCCAGAUUUUUAUCUUCGGCUGGCGGCUUCGGAACUAGAUAACAACAAUGACAGAAGGCUGGUUAUCAUCUUACCAGUAGUGGUGGGUUUUGUGUUCCUAUCCAUUUGCAUCUUCAUUGCUUUGUGCUGGAUGGCUAGGAGAAAAGGAAGAAGAAUAAAAGACCAAAAGGCAUUGGAGACGCUACAAUUGGACUCGAGUGCUAUUGUGCUCAAAGAUGAAUCCGAGAGAGUCAACAUUCAAGAGUUGCCGUUGUUCACUUUCAAGACUCUUGCUGAUGCAACUAACCAAUUCCAUGACGAGAAUAUGCUCGGCAGGGGAGGUUUUGGAUAUGUUUACAAGGGAAGGCUGGCCAGUGGGAAAGAAAUCGCUGUGAAGAGACUUUCGGCAGCUUCAGGGCAAGGGAUGGAAGAAUUCAUGAAUGAGGCAAUUGUGAUUUCCAAAGUCCAACAUAGGAACCUCGUCAAGUUGGUCGGAUGUUGUGUUGAACGAGAAGAGAAGAUGCUCGUAUAUGAAUACAUGCCUAAUAACAGCUUGGACAUUUGCCUUUUUGAUCCGGCACAUCCAUCGCAAAAGAUUCUCGACUGGAAAAAACGUUUGAGUAUCAUGGAAGGUACCGGAAGAGGGCUCUUAUACCUUCACAUGGACUCCAGACUGAAAAUCAUCCACCGUGACCUGAAGCCGAGUAAUGUGUUGCUCGAUGAGGACUAUAACCCCAAAAUUUCGGACUUUGGCAUGGCAAGAAUUUUCGGGGGCAACCAAGAUCAGGCCAAUACAGCUAGAGUAGUGGGAACAUAUGGAUAUAUGGCACCAGAAUAUGCAAUGGACGGUCGAUUUUCUGAGAAAUCCGACGUUUACAGUUUUGGGGUGCUGAUGUUGGAGAUCAUAAGCGGGAAAAAGAACACACAUUAUUACAAUCAAGAAUGGUCUUUGAGCCUUUUAGGCUGUGCAUGGAAGUUGUGGAGUGAAAACAAUGGCACGGCUUUCGCGGAUCGAACGAUAGCCAAUCCAGUUUUCCAGGGAGAGAUUGUGAGAUGCAUUCAUAUUGCCCUUCUGUGUGUUCAAGAAUUCCCACAAGAUAGACCGCCCGUUCAAACGGUUCUUUCCAUGCUGAGUCGUGAAAUAGUCGACCUGCCGCCACCUCAACAGCCGGUCUUCGCCGAGAAGUGGAACCGAACUCAUAAUGUAGGGUCGGGUCACCCGACUGGGCAACAACAACUCGAGUUGUCUGUCAAUGGUCUCACAAUCACGGUACUUGAAGGACGAUGA